UAAGAUAUGUCUAAGAACUUAAUUUUAACAAUAAAAAGAACCAUAAAAAGAUUUAGUAAGAUUUCUUUAUUAAAAUACUUCUUUCUGGGUCUGGUUGUUACGAUAGCGUUCUUUGUCUUCAUCGAAUUGCUAUAUUUGCAAACAAAAGAUAGUUUAAAACAUGCAAAACUCAUUCAAAAUUUGCAUGAUAUAAAUCACCAGUUGCUAACAAGCGACAGAAAUACAAUAGCUAAUACUAAUAAUAAAGAAGAUUCGCUUUCUUAUGUCAUUUUUGACAGUGUAAAACGAGACUGCAACAUAAUUUAUUCAACUUUGAUUAUUAUCACUUCACACGUAAAACACGUCAAUAGAAGAAAUAGAAUACGACAAACUUGGGGAAACGAAUCAAAAUGGAAUUCUGGUGGAAAAUAUAUCAUUGUUUUUGUUGUAGGAAGAAUAUCAGAUUCCGAUAUAAUGAUGAACAUAGCUGAAGAAGCAAAACUAUGGAGGGAUAUUAUAUUAGUAAAUAUACUUGAAGAUUUUUACACAUUGGCGAAAAAAGUCAUUAUUGGACUAAUAUGGGCUAAUCAAAACAUUAAAUAUAAACUGAUUUUAAAAGGUGACGAUGACAUAUACAUAAACAUUAUUAACGUCUUGGCAUUUGUGAAAGAAAAUGAUAUAGAAGAUGCUUACAUAGGAAAUAAAAUAGAAAAUGCGCUCGUCUUUAGAUCUGGUCGGUAUAAAGUAUCCAAAGAGGAACAUGAAAUUGAUACAUAUGACCCAUAUUGCUCCGGUGGAGGAUAUUUUCUAUCCACAACUAGUGUAGAAAAAAUGAUACCGCUAUUUGAUUUGAAUCACGUAUUUCGAAUUGACGAUGCUUAUAUUGGAAAAAUCGCAUUUAAAGCAGGGAUAUUUGCCAGCCAUGCUAAAGGUUUUUAUAUGGAUAAUGCUUCUUGCAGUUAUAUGAAAGAUAUUAUCGUUUCUCACCCUGCAAACGAAAUCGGUUGUAUAAAUUUUCUUUUGAAAAGGUUUUUGAUUGACAACAGUAAAUUGCCAAAAAGUUGGUCUGAAAAACAGUUUGAAAAAAAACAAUGCUAUGAAGCAAACUUCCUCUGUUUAAAAAGCAAAGAAAAUUAUCCCAAUGAAACCAGAUCAAGUAAAGAAAGCCAUUAAUUGUAAAUAAACAUAUUAGUUCAAUAAUUAUAUAUAUUUUUAUAACAUUACGUUAGGUGGCGCCUAGUAACGCCGUAAUGCGUCUAGAAAAAAAGUUGUCAAAAUAAUAUGGAUGCGUACUUAUAAAUAGUACUUAUAAAAUAUAAUAAAUACUAUGUAGUUGCGAAUUUUACUAUCAUUAAUUUGCUGUAAAAUGAUAAAACUAAAAUAUCUGAUAAUAGACUGGGCACAAGUGA